AUGGGCAGACUUCACAGCAACGGAAAGGGUAUCUCGGCCUCGGCCCUCCCCUACUCUCGCUCGGCUCCCGCCUGGCUCAAGACCACCCCCGACCAGGUUGUCGACCAGAUCUGCAAGCUCGCCAGGAAGGGUGCCAGCCCUUCGCAGAUCGGUGUCAUCCUCCGUGACUCCCACGGUGUUGCCCAGGUCAAGAUUGUGACCGGUAACCGCAUUCUGCGUAUCCUCAAGGCUCACGGCCUCGCCCCUGAAGUUCCUGAGGACCUGUACAUGCUCAUCAAGAAGGCUGUCUCUGUCCGCAAGCACCUCGAGCGCAACCGCAAGGACAAAGACUCCAAGUUCCGCCUCAUUCUCAUCGAGUCGCGUAUCCACCGUCUCGCCCGCUACUACAAGUCCGUCGGUGUCCUCCCCCCCACCUACAAGUACGAGUCGGCCACCGCCAGCACCCUCGUCGCUUAA